AUGAGACCGAAUUCUUGGAGCCCUCGGGCAUUGAGCCUGGCAACACUCGCCUGCAGUAUUACUACUGUAGUAGCAACCACUUUGAAAGACGUCUGCACUGUUGAAUACGUUCAAUCCAAGCUCCCCGCGUCCGAUUUUAUCCAAGGCAUUACACUUGACCCAUCCUCUGUUACGACCAACGUUGUUUACAAUGCGUCCAAUCCCACGAAUGGGGCCUUUUUCCCGGCAGCCAGCUUUUCAUACUGCAAUAUGACGCUAGCAUAUUCUCACAAUGGCCGCGGAGAUCAAGUUCUCGUUCAGUAUUGGUUGCCAGACCCUGCCAAAUUCGAGAAUCGAUAUUUGUCGACCGGGGGUGGGGGUUAUGCAAUCUAUUCAGGCGAUCGAUCCCUCCCAGGAGGUAUUAUGUAUGGUGCAGUUGCAGGAGCCACUGAUGGUGGAUUUGGAAGCUUCAAUACACAGGCAGAUGCCGCUAUGCUUCUCAGCAAUGGCACUCUCGACUACGAAACAUUGUACAUGUUUGGGUAUAAAGCCCAUUGGGAGCUCAGCAAGAUCGGCAAACAGCUUACUCGCAAUGUCUUCAACAUGAAAGAUUCUACAAAACUGUACUCCUAUUAUCAAGGCUGUUCUGAGGGAGGCCGAGAGGGUUGGAGUCAGGUUCAGCGAUAUGGAGACGAAUGGGAUGGAGCAGCUAUUGGAGCGCCUGCUUUCCGUUGGUCUUUCCAGCAGACACAGCAUCUCUAUUCUAACAUUGUCACGAAGACACUUGGCUAUUAUCCUCCUCCUUGCGAGAUGGAGAAGAUUGUCAACGAAACCAUUUCUGCUUGUGAUUCUCUUGAUGGGUUGGUGGACGGCGUCGUCUCUCGAUCUGACCUUUGCGAAUUACAUUUCGAUCUCUCUACUAUAGUUGGCAAGUCUUAUUACUGUGCAGCUUCGUCUGGCAGUUCUGGCUACGGGAAACGCAAGAGGCAAAUGGCCACGGCCGCAACACCACUUCAAAAAGGUACCGUCUCGAAAGAAGCCGUCGAAGUUGCCAAGGAGGUCAUUCGUGGCCUUCGUGAUUCGGAGGGUCGCCAAGUGUAUCUGUCCUAUCAAACUGCCGCUGAUUUUGAUGACGUUACGACUCAAUAUAACUCGGAGACUGGAAAGUGGGAGCUCGAGGUUGAUCAGCUUGGCGCUGAGCACAUCGCCUUGCUCGUGGACAAGAAUGGCACCAAGCUGUCUAAUCUUGACGGCGUGACCUAUGACACUCUCAAAGAUUGGAUGAUCAGUGGAAUGCAAGAAUAUGGUUCAACACUGCAGACUAACUGGCCCGAUCUCACGCCAUUCCAGAAAGCCGGUGGGAAAGUCAUCCAUUUCCAUGGAGAGGCGGACAAUUCUAUUCCCACUGCUUCGAGUGUGAGAUACUGGGAAUCGGUCCGCAGCAUCAUGUACCCCGACAAGUCUUAUACGCAGGGCGCCGCUGCCCUGCGAGACUGGUAUCAGUUAUACCUCGUCCCCGGUGCCGCUCACUGUGCCACCAACCCGCUCAUGCCCAAUGUGACCCUCAAUGCUACUGUCCUACAGGGCGAGCAUGUGGGUGAGAAUCGCCAGAUCUGUGGAUGGCCACUUCGCCCGAAGUGGAAGAAGGGUAAGAUGGAGUGUGAGUACGACCAAGCCUCCAUUAAUAGCUGGCAUUAUGACUUGAACGCUGUCCCACUGCCGGUGUACUAG